AUGUCCGGGGGUACUGAGUUCCAGUUAAAGGUCCGUCAAUGCCAGAAGGAGGAAAAGGGAGUCUACACUGUUAUGGCUGAGAACUUGUAUGGUACAGAUGACAGGUUAAUAUCCCUGCGAGUAGAACCAGUUCCAUCGAGGGUUGACACUCCAUCACUGCGCGAUUCAGAGGGUAGGGGGAAUCUUACCAAGACUCAUGGGACCCAAUAUCACAGGAAGGAUAAUCAAACCAUCAGGGAGGCCAAACUGAUCCGACGUGAGGACAGACCCGAGCACACUAUGAAGCCCAGACGAAAGCGCUUAAAGCAAACUCUGGGAGAUGGAGCAUCAUCUGUGGAUGGCGAGAUUUGUAAUGUACACUGUGGAAUGUAUGAUGACAAUUUUAAUCUGUGUCCUCGGGUGAUCCAGGCCGGACAUAGCCUGAAAGUUGUAUCGUGUGUUCCCGAUGUUCCCAUACCAAAGGUCACUUGGACAAAGGAUGGUCAUGAUAUCACACAAAGUGACUACUAUUUGUGUACAUAUUCCAGCGGUGUGUGCACAAUGGAGGUACCGUGUGCACAUGUGUCAGACACUGGUAUCUACACAUGUAUUGCCAUCAGUGAAGUCGAUUUAGAGAAGACCUCCAGUUACAUUCAGGUUGAAGGAUGGCGGAUUGGACAAGGAAAGAAUUAA